AUAUCGUGACGAUGCCUGAACCAGCGAAGCCUGCGCCCAAGAAGGGCUCCAAGAAAGCGGUGGCGAAGGCCCCCGGUAAGGCCGGAAAGAAGAGGAGAAAGUCCAGGAAGGAGAGCUACGCCAUCUACGUGUACAAGGUGCUGAAGCAGGUCCACCCCGACACUGGGAUCUCCUCCAAGGCCAUGGGCAUCAUGAACUGCUUCGUGAGCGACAUCUUCGAGCGCAUCGCCGGUGAGGCCUCUCGUCUGGCUCAUUACAACAAGCGCUCCACCAUCACCUCCAGGGAGAUUCAGACCGCCGUCCGCCUGCUGCUGCCCGGGGAGCUGGCUAAACACGCCGUGUCUGAGGGCACCAAGGCCGUGACCAAGUACACCAGCUCCAAGUAAACGACUCUAAGGAGACAUCAAAGCAACGGCUCUUUUAAGAGCCACACACUUUCUCUAUGGAGACAAACUGUCCUGACUCUAAAGACAUGUCCAUUAAUAGUAAAAUAUCCACUUUUAACUAAUACUGUAACUGCUUAAUUACAUCAUGGUUGAAUUUAAUAAUCAGGUUUCAUAUUGAAAGUUAUAUUUUCCUGUGUCCACUGGGACAAUAUAUUAUGUGUUUAAAGGACUGCUGUAUUUGUAUAGUGCUGUAAUACAUUGGAGUGAUGAGGCUUUUUGUGUUGAGUGUGCUACUGAUUGAUUUAUGAUCUUUUUAGCGGUCUCAACAUACCCAUAUAUUGUGUGUGUGUGUGUGUGUGUGUGUACACAUCUAAGCAGGGCCAUUGUCAUGGUUACAACAACUAGUCAGAAUAGGGUCAGAGAGGUUUACAUACAAAGGAGAGUGAUUAUGAUUUGAAAGAAACUUAAAUUGCAAAAACUAAAUUGCUAUUGAUUUACACUUGAGCACUGGGUGUAAAUUACCAUAUGUGGACACACCCAAGCAGGGCCUUAGAAAAGAUUGGGAAAACAAUUGUCAGUUGGGGGUUACUUACAUUUAUUUUCACAGAAGAUCUAUUGAUAUUUGCAGAAAACAUUAUUUCACAAACGGAGUUCAUGUAGCAGCCAUUUUCUUUUCAGCUUGAUGCUAACAUAAACUACAGGAGAUAAAAUGAUAUCAACAUUCUGAAUAAUGAAUGUCUCAUGGUAUUGACAAAAAACUGUGCAGGUGUCACUAAAGAUCAAUUUGGCUCUGAUAGGAUAUAUUUUUUUCUUAUGUGGAAAUAAUCUUGUUUUAAUCAUUAAAAAAAUAUUUGUAUCCAU